AAACAAAAAAUACAACAUUAACAGUUUUAACAAUUUCCGUUUGUUUAUUAUUAGUUAAUAAUUUUCGGCGAUUCAUCCCUAUACGAAGAACCAGCUACUGAUCGGCGGUUGAAUCUCCGCCACCGAAUCACCGCCGGCACUGUGUUUUUCCGACCUGGGUAUUUAGUAGUAGUAAGAUGUUAGAACAGUUACUGAUAUUUACAAGAGGAGGAUUAAUCCUUUGGACAUGCAAGGAACUUGGAAAUGCUCUUAAGGGAUCACCAAUUGACACCUUGAUCCGAUCCUGUCUUUUAGAGGAACGAUCAGGUGCUGCAUCAUACAACUAUGAUGCACCAGGAGCUGCAUACACCCUCAAAUGGACUUUCCAUAAUGAGCUAGGGCUUGUAUUUGUUGCUGUGUAUCAGCGGAUCCUCCACCUCUUGUAUGUGGAUGAACUGCUUUCUAUGGUGAAGUGUGAAUUUUCAAAGAUUUAUGAUCCUAAAAGGACAGUCUAUGAUGAUUUUGAUGAGACUUUUAGGCAACUUAGAAAGGAGGCUGAAGCUCGUGCUGUGGAGCUGAAGAAAUCAAAGCAGGUGAGUAAGCCUGUAUCUAACAGUAAGAAGCAAGGGCAGGUUCAAAAGACUGGAGUUGAGGGAGGAAAUAGGAAAAAGAGUGAAGGCGGUUCAGCAAAUGAUGGUGAGGAUUGUGAUAGUAAAGGGGCCCCUAGAUUGGAGAAUGGUCUAUCCAAUGGUAAUUAUGUUAAUACUAAAGAACAUGAUGUGAAUGGUACCUUUAAUGGUAAACACAAUACAAGUUCCAAUAUUGGGGCUUUUGAUGUAAAUAAGCUACAGAAGCUUAGAAGUAAAGGUGGGAAGAAAUCAGAUACUGUAGUUAGCAAGGGCUCCAAAGCAGAGCCAAAGGAAAAGAUAACAAAGAAGAAUAGAGUUUGGGAUGAUUCACCUCCUGAGACAAAAUUGGAUUUUACAGAUCCUGUGGGUGAGAAUGGAGACAAUAAUAUAGAGGUCGUUGCAGCAGAUCAAGGAGAAAGCAUGAUGGACAAGGAAGAGAACUAUAGCAGUGAAAGUGAGUCUGAAGAUGAGGAGGAAGUGGGGAAGGAUAGCACGCCAGCUAAGAAGAAAGGGUGGUUCUCGUCAAUGCUUCAAAAUAUUGCAGGCAAGGCAAAUUUGGAGAAGUCAGAUUUGGAACCUGCUUUAAAAGCUCUGAAGGAUAGGCUUAUGACCAAGAAUGUGGCUGAGGAAAUAGCUGAGAAGCUUUGUGAAUCAGUUGCAGUAAGUCUUGAAGGUAAAAAGUUAGCCUCAUUCACAAGGAUAUCUUCAACUGUGCAGGCAGCAAUGGAAGAAGCUCUUGUUCGUAUUUUAACUCCUAGGCGCUCUAUCGAUAUACUGAGGGAUGUGCAUGCUGCCAAGGAACAAAGGAAACCAUAUGUUGUUGUUUUUGUUGGUGUUAAUGGAGUUGGAAAAUCUACCAACUUAGCAAAGGUUGCUUAUUGGCUAAUACAGCAUAAUAUCAAUGUGAUGAUGGCAGCCUGUGAUACAUUCCGAUCAGGAGCUGUUGAACAGCUGCGAACUCAUGCACGUAGACUUAAGAUUCCUAUAUUUGAAAAGGGCUAUGAGAAAGAUCCUGCAAUUGUGGCAAAGGAAGCCAUUCAAGAAGCCACACGCAAUGGUUCUGAUGUGGUUCUUGUUGAUACAGCUGGUAGAAUGCAGGACAAUGAACCAUUAAUGAGGGCACUUUCAAAGCUUAUCUACCUCAACAAUCCUGAUCUGGUCUUGUUUGUUGGAGAGGCACUGGUUGGGAAUGAUGCUGUUGAUCAGCUUACAAAGUUUAAUCAGAAAUUAGCCGAUCUUUCAACUUCACCUAACCCAAGAUUGAUAGACGGGAUAUUGCUCACUAAGUUUGAUACCAUUGAUGAUAAGGUUGGAGCUGCACUGUCGAUGGUCUACAUAUCUGGAGCUCCGGUCAUGUUCGUUGGCUGCGGGCAGUCAUACACAGAUCUCAAAAAGCUGAAUGUGAAAUCAAUAGUGAAGACACUCCUCAAAUGAGUCUCCUACUAUCCUAUAUAUGUUUCACUGUUAUUGACCGUGUUGUCUGCGUAGCACUGUAUUGUCUCCUUUGACCUUGCUACUCUGUCUUCUGGAGGUGAAUCAGCCCUUGCGGCUGUAAUUUUAUGUUGGAUUUGGAAUAUUAGUGGGUUUUGUUUUUAUUUUUAUUUUUAUUUUUAUUUUUGUGUGUGUUCUCUUCAAUUUAAACCGAGCAACGAUGGCUUGCAGUGUCUAAAUUAAUCUUGUUUUCAAGAUAACACAUAUGGCAAUAAUGAACUUUCAAUCUUGGAUCUCUCCUCCCAAUA